GGUAGGAGCAGAACAAGGAGAUGGCUCAACGAGCAGCCUUCCCGCCCUCCCCCAACACGUCUUUCCGAACCGGUGACCUUGACCCCAGACACCAGGCCGCCUACAGCAGGGGGAGCUACGCCGGUGACCCCUCGUAUGGCGCCGGGGGCGGGGCUUCGGUGGGUGUAGACCCACGUGACCAGAGGAGACAGGACCCUUACUACAACGAGGGUGCUGGUGUUGGUGUUGGUGGGGGUGGGGGGAGUUUUCGCAACGGUCGGGGUUCGAGUCCCACAGGACCCCCUGCUGCCUCCUCCUCCGCGGGGUACCCAGUACAGCCGCGGGGCGGGGUCAGGGGGUCGUGGAGUCAGGGACAGAUCAGGGAUAGCCACGCCUCGGCCAGGGAGGAGCUUCCGCCCGGGUCCAGGAGGAGUCUGCAAGUCCGCGGCGAGGUGCAGCAGAGGAGGGGCGAGGGGCGGAGCUUCCAUCAUAGCCAGCCGUCGCUGCUUCAUCCUAGUGGAGGAGGAAUAGGAGGAGGGGGAACCAGCGGCCGGCCGAACUAUCUACAGUCCAGUGGCGGCUCAGAGAACAUCCCCGGUCAGCGGCCCGAGUCGAGGAGUGACCAGGACUACGUCCAGCUGACCCAGCAGCAGGGUAGGGGCGGGGACGGCAGGGAUGCCACCAGGCCCGGGAGUAGGUGGAGCUUGCAGCAAGCCCCGCCCACCCACGACUCUUCCUCCUCCGAACAAGCGCUUCCUUCCUACCACGAGGUGAUUCAGCACGACUACCAGCAGGAGAGGGAGAUGUACGACGGCCGGGGGGAUCCGGAUACCUCCCUACAACACAUGGAUUUCCACCCGCAGCAGCAAUACCCGUACCAACAAGAACAGGAUUAUCGACAACUACAACUACAACCACAACAACAGCAGCAGCAGCAACAACAACAUCACCAUCACUCACAACAACAACUACAACAACAACAACAACAACCGGGCUCUCGGGGAGGCAGCAUGAGGAAUCUCCCCUCGACCUACUCUCAGCAGCAGCAAGAAUCUCCUUCCAGCCACGCCCACCCGCGCGGGCCUGAGCCACGCCCACUUUCCUCACGACAGCCAGACCCUCGGCGGUUGUCCGCCCCUCCCGGCGGAUCAUUCGGCCCGGGUCAGAGGUCAGAGGUGACCCGCGGCAGUGGCCGGAUGUCCAGGGAUGUGCCUGACAGCCAGGAGGCGGGGCGUCGCUAUGGCAGCACCAGGAGUCUCCAGGUGGGCGUGGCUUCACGCGACUCGCGACCCGGUAGUCUCAGAGGUCAAGGGGGCGUCUCCGGAAAAAGACGCAGCACUGGGAGCAGCAUCUACGGGUUUUUGAUAGAAGGU